AUGGCCGAAGAUACCAACGCUGCCUGGCCCAUCGCCGAUGAGUCUUUGACUCAGUCCCUCCUCGACCUUGUCCAGCAGGCUUCCCACUACCGCCAGCUGAAGAAGGGUGCCAACGAGGCUACCAAGACCCUGAACCGCGGUACCUCCGAGAUCGUCGUCCUCGCCGCCGAUGCUUCUCCUCUGGCUAUCGUCCUUCACCUGCCCCUCCUUGCUGAGGACAAGAACGUUCCCUACGUCUACGUCCCCAGCAAGAUGGCUCUGGGCCGUGCUACCGGUGUCUCCCGCCCUGUGAUUGCUUGCUCGAUCACUACCAACGAGGCCUCCGAGUUGACCAACCAGAUCCGCACCAUCAAGACCGCUGUCGAGCGUCUGAUGAUCUAA